CCUCAUGGGAGAUGACUGUUCAUUUCAUUCUCCCUGUGACGCUCAUUAAAAUUAUGCGCUGGGACUUUGAGAGAUUAUUUCCGUAUAUAAAAUGACAUACUGUAGCUACUUCAGUUUCGAUUCAUUUUGCCUUUUUUUAUACGUGCUAGCCCAUAAUGAAUACACACAUUGUAAUAUUUUUCAUGUUCUCUUGCGGCUUUCAGGCUGACGGCGAUCUGACUUGCAGGAUACUGGGAAAAAAUACAAUGUCAGGUUUGUCCAAAGACGGCGAUUUAGUGAUCGGUGGCGUUUUCCCAGUUUUUGGGACACUUGAGGACACCGGUACAUUGUUCACAACAGCACCACAAAAAGCUAAAUGUUUUGGGUUUGAUUUUGAUGUGUUUCGAUGGGUACAGAUGAUGGUCUUUGCCAUCGAGGAAAUAAACAUGAACAACAGAUUGCUCCCGAACAUUACUUUGGGAUACAGAAUCCUCGACAAUUGCGCUUCUCCAGCUGAAACUGUAAGAGCGGGUUUAAUCCUAGCCAACGGACCAGAAGAGGUUGACUCGAACUCCUCAUGUCCCUCGCCAGUCACUGCUGUGAUCACCUCUAACUCCUUACAUAUCGCCAGAGCUAUUGGAAAUUUUGGGAUUCCUUUGGUGAGCUACACUUCAACAUGUGUUUGUCUCAGCAACAAAAGAGUGUUCCCAACGUUUUCCCGCACUAUUCCGAGUGAUUUUUUUCAGGCCAAAGCUUUUGCUCAGCUUGUUAAACACUUCGGUUGGACUUGGAUCGGAACUAUUCAAGCGGACAAUGAGUACGGUAUAUUUGGGAUUCAGUCUUUUACCAAGGAAGUGGUAAAAUACGGAGUUUGCAUUGCCUUCACUGAAAACAUUCUCAGCACCUACUCAAGAACAAAAAUACUUCAACUAGUGGACAUCAUUAAAAAAUCAACGGUGAAAGUCAUAUUAGCAUUUGCUUCAGAGCGUGACCUGUACCCUUUAAUGCAAGAGAUCUUUGCCACCCCAUAA